AUGCGCUCUAUUUGCAACAUUUAUACAGAUUAUACAAUUGAUGCUAAACAGCGUCAUGAACUGAUCACCGUAUCUGAUCAGUUCAUAAUGAUCAUACGAUGCUGUGCCAUGGUCAAGAAAAAAGAGGAAGAAAAAAUCAAACAGCAAUAUGAUACUUGGAAGUUGUUGAAGUGCUGUUGUAUCUUGAUAUAUCAAGGCAUAUUUGGUAGGAAAAUCACUAUCCCAAACUUUGAAGCAUCGCUUAUCCCACUGCCGAUUGUAUUUUCAAUUACCAUUAAUACUAUUAACACACUGGUUGUUUUAGUUUUUGGCAUUACAUGCAGAGGGCUGGAAAUUUCUAUUUUUAGGUUUAUUAAGGGAUUUUUUACAAGAUUCAUUUUGAUAAAUUCAGUUUACAUUGUGUUUGGUGUCACUCUUGCCAUCACAUUACAGAUCAAGCCAGAUCACACAUUCCUCGCGUGCAAUGCUACUCUAAUAGUCUUUGCGAUAUCACUGGCAGUCUAUUGCCUAGAAAUAUUUGAACCAAGAUUUACUUUUGUAAUUUUUAUACUCACAACAACAAGAAAGAUUUUAGAGUCAAUGCCACCCGAAGAAAACACCUGGAGAAAAUCUAUUCUUAAGCUAUAUGUGAUUAUUGUUCAGCUGGUUGUAUUUAAAAUCUUCAGAUCAUCCAUCUUCUGCGACUUCUAA